GACUUCGCCUAUCGCAGUCCCACUAGCCCUGGCUUUGACGACUCUCAAGAUGCUUGUCUUUGUGGUGGAUACCCGCGCUAUAUUGUCGAUUCAGGAUAUGGCCAAGGACCAUACGAGGAUGCUCUGGAGAAACUAUGGAAGGGUUUGAUAUCUGGAGACAGAUAUGGGCAAGGUGAGGGAAGAGUGGGAGGACGAAGGUAAGGGCGGCAAGAGCCUCUGGGACCGUGCAAUUCGGCAGACCACAGAUUGGGAGAAGCGGAAAUAGGAACAGCAUUAGCAGGGUAGUAAAUGGUUCAGAUCCAACAUCUCAAUUCCCAGGUUAUAGGCCCAACAGUGGCCCAACGUAGCCAGCACGGAUACCAUAUCUAGUCGCGCUGGGAGACAUUACGACAAAAGACUUCAGCACUCCCAUUUCCACCAUCAUGAUCAUCAUGCAGAUCCAUGGACUUGACGUACGAUGUCGCUUCUUACCUAGUGCGUGUCAGCUUUUGCGCAAUUGUCAGGUCUUCUGUCUUGUGUCAUUCGCUGCCUUCGCUUUUCACUACUGUAGUUGCGGAUGCUAUACAGUAUAUUCUGCUUUCUAGCAGUAUGCAACAACGCGGGUGUCUGCUGUUCACGCUGGAUAGCCAUAUAUACAUACAGAAUAAUUUGCGCUCGUCUCCUCGC